AUGGUAUAUCGGCAGGAGGAAAGGAUAAAGGAAGCUACCGGUAGCUGCGUGCCACACAUGCGAACGCUCCGGUUCCCGGCGAGCUCAACCUUGUGCCCAAAUUUCAUCGAAACACCAACCAGCCGGGGCAAGUUCGCCGAAGAUGUAGCCGAUCCGUUCGCCCGGCGGGUGACGACAGUUGCACAAACAAACAAUUCCGCAUCUCCCGAAGACGCACCGAAGAAGAGGGGAGGGAUGACCGAAAAGGAAUGUGACUGCUUGGCCAGAAUGCGUUAG